GGUGUGUGCGCGUGUGUGUGCGUGGGCUCAGCUGGUGCGGAGUCAUGAAAGUGUUUGUAAACAACUCAGUCAGAAGGUAACUUAUUCACAGCGCUGUCAUCCUAAACUCUGUCACUUACUCAGGCGUGUCUGCAGAUGGUUGGGGUAUGCAUGUCCGUCUGUUUUUGUCCGUGUACGUGUCACGUGUGAGGGUAAAUCACUUCAGAAAUGUUGUAUUUAGGGGUUACCUUGCUGGCUAACUAGCAAGCAUGUAGCGCUAAAGCCUAGCGUGAUGUUAGCCGGCUAUGCUAAUGUUGCCAAUAGGAGUGGCUCAUAGGUUGGCUAGCGGUGUUAGCUUCGCAUUAGCUAGCCGGCUAGUUAGCUGGUGCCAUGCCUUUGUCUAGCCAGCAGUCUAAGCGCAGCUACCGUCUGUUCCUCACGAUGACAGCUCUGUUUUAGCCAGCGGGGCUAAGGGUAGCUUUGGACUAUUUCGCAAGUGCGUUUGGCUGGUUCACUCUGGUUCUUCAAAGUGGGCAAAAAUGAUCGUGGGGUAACAUUGAGGUUAUCUGGAUAUGUGGUGUAACUUGACGCUACUGUGAUGGUAUUCAGGUCCAUUUUCAAACGUCUUAAUGUUAAAUUGAUGCAUGAAUUUGUGUUCAUUUUUAUCUGUUGUAAACAUUGUAUGUUCAAUGUGUCAGAUCAUAAAGCAGACAGCAUGUGUUUGUCUCUCUGUAGGCGAAGCAAACUGGAGUCGGACCAAUCCCCUCACAGAUCCUUGAGUGUCGACACAUCCUCCAAAGUGUCCCUAAUCUUGGGAUGUGAAGGGUGUUUGAGCUCACCUUUUCUCAAUGUCCUUAAACCGACGGGAUGACAAAACUGUAACACCAGUGGCUAAUUCAAAGCUGUUACAGUAGCUAUAGCAUUCCGGUCACAGAGCAACUUAAUCCCUUUCAUUAUCUGUGCACUGCUCACCUGUAGAGUUAAGAUGCCUUGGCCAUUUUCUGAGUCGAUCAAGAAGCGAGCAUGCAGGUACCUCUUGCAUCGGUACCUUGGCAACUUCCUUCAGGAGAAGCUGAGCUUGGAUCAGCUCAGUCUAGACCUCUAUCAGGGCACUGGGUCACUUGCACAAGUGCCUCUGGAUAAAUGGGUAUGUGUCUGACAGUAGAUGAGUAACUGAUUUACAUGUUAAAUCUACAUGACUUAAGAAAGGCUAAUAAUCUUUUUUUUUUUUGUUACUCAGUCACUCAAUGAGCUCCUUGAGACGGCAGAUGCCCCUUUUGAGGUCAUCACAGGGUUCAUCCAGACAAUUUCUCUCACAGUCCCAUGGGCUGCCCUGCUGCAGGAAAACUGUGCCCUGGAGGUAAAGGGUUUGGAGAUGGUGCUAAGACCAAGACCUAGAGUGGGUAAGGAGCCACUGAGCUGUGUGUCUUCACAGCAUUACCCGAGGAAAAUUUUGGCUGUGUCCGAAAUGAAUCACUCAAUCCCUAACCCCUAACCCCCAUGUGGGGUUUUACUUUAUAGUUUAAUAUGUAGUGAACUUAAUCACCGGAGGUUUCGGACACUACAUGGCAAGACGCAAUGCGUGACAGGAUGACAACCACCGGUGAGUGACCAUCGGAUGGUCACUGCAUUUUGCAAUGCUUUAUGGGAAAUUUUGAGUCACCUAUAUAGGGCACUGGAAUUGAUCACUGAGGUUUUGGACACCCCUCAAAAUGGCGCUAACCCCCAUAUAGUUGCCUAUAUAGGGGUUAGGGAUCCAUUUCGGACACAGCCUUAGUUUCAUGUCACAGCAAAGUAAAUCAUUGUUUACCUCCUUCAUUUUUUCCAGCAUCUGGUACCGAGCCCAUGUACUGGUCCAGUUUCAUGACGAGUAGUAUGCAGCUUGCCAAAGAAUGUCUGAGCCAGAAACUCACAGAUGACAUGGGAGAGAGCUUCCAGCCUUUUGAAGGAUUAGAGAAGUUUGCAGAAACAAUAGAAACAGGUGUGUUGUGCUCAUACUGUAAAAUGAAAUGUCAGAAAGUUUUCUGGACUAGAAUUCUGUGAAAUAUAACUUUUUCACUUUAAAUCUUGCAGUUCUGAGAAGAGUUAGAGUGACAUUCUUGGAUACUGUCCUCCGAGUCGAGCACAUUCCUGAAAAUUCAAAGACUGGAAUCGCUCUUGAGAUCCGAAUCAGCAAGUAAGCUUUGUCCUUUAACAUGACCAAACACUCUUCAUAAAACUGUAAUUACUAUUUAACUUAAGGUAGGUUUAAGAUAAGUGGAAACUUCCUGUUAAGUUAACCGUGUUUUCUGUUUGCUCCCAGGAUUGUUUACUGUGAUGAGACAGACGAGGAGAGUUCAAGUGUGAACGUACACCAGCCAACAACAUUUGCGCAUAAAAACUUGCAGAUGGAAGGCAUCACUGUGUUUUGGGAUGAGUUUUCAGAUGUGUCUCGUGCUGGUUGUAAAUCUUCACCCACUCAAACGGUUAGUAGGUUGAGGAUAUUGAUAAAAUCUGGCAUUCUGAGGGUGGAUGCAAAGACUUUUUUAAAGAAAUGUUUGAUUUUGCAGGAAACUGAACCAAAACUCUCACCAAGUUGGAAUCCCAAAAUAAUCUGUGAGCCUCACCCCCAGUUCACAGAGACGAUUUCCUCUACAACACCAUUUGAACCUGUGCAGGUUGGGAGCCUCGGUGGUAAAAUCGAGUUGUCCCUCACUCUGAAAAACAACUUAACUAUGCCUGGAGCAAAGGUAAAGCUGCUGUUUUGGAAGUCUAAGAUAUCAUAAAUAAGUGAUCCUAAAAACUUCUUUAUUUGCUAGACGUGAUUGCUGUUGACAUUGUUUUGCAUGCUUUGCUCUUCAGCUGGAUGUUGUUGGACACAUUGAUACACUUAUUAUUCUGCUGUCCCCGCGGCAAGUUCACCUUCUUCUGGACUUGUUUGGCGCUUUCUCCGGCGGUGGUAAGCACUACUGUGAUGAUGUUUGAUUCAAACAUGCAAGCCGCAACAUAAGAGUAGUCCAGAAACAGAGUGUGUGUAUUCUUGGUUAUUGUUUCUGUGAAGGUGCACAGGAAUGGGCAAAGGAUCGAAAGAGCCGACCCAUGCAGCAGGAGGAUGAGUAUCGGCUUCACAUGGAGCUGAAUCGCUGUCUGAAGAAGGACAGUGCUAUGCCAGGAACAGACCCAGACCUCUUUGAGAGCCAGACCACCAGAACUGUGUCGAGUCGAGGUUGGACUGAAACACCAUCCUUUAACUCGUCCUAUCUAAGAAGUAUAAUGUGAUGCUUGUGUCAAAAUAAUGAAAUUCAUUCUUGCUUCCUCUUUUUGAACACAUCUGUGGGUGGUGUAGAUGAUGUGUUCUUCUCCAUGGCGGACAUGGACAUGUCUCACAGCCUGUCAUCUCUCCCUCCUCUGGGCGAACCACCCACUGUUGAUUUGGAUUUGUCACUUAAUAGCAACUACUCAGCCUCCCCGGGGGAAUCUCCUUCUGGAAACGCAACAGUAAGUCUUCACCUCUUUGGGUUCAGACUCCAUGAAGUCAUGAUAGCACUCUGGCUAGAUAGAUGGUAAAUUUGUCGGUAGAUAAAACAGUAUAAAAACAGUUUUCUGCUCACUCGAUUAGUUAAAACAUUAAAAUUGAUGUCUGUUUUUGUCUGCAAUGCAUCAGUUUUUCUCUGGGUGGGGUAAGCUUUUCUGCAAUAAAGUGGGGGACUUUUAAAUAAACAUUACAAGGGAGCUGAAACUUUAUAUAGAGAAAAUAAUGAGGCAUAUAAAUUACUACUGUCAAGGAGGGUGUUUUAAAUGAUUGUAAAUACAGCUGAGCUUAAAUUAUCUGCAUCAAAUCUGAUCUGUGUUUAUAGGCUCUGUGGGAUGAUUACAUGGAUGUACCUCGACAAAGAGAGAAGCAGACGAAUGAAACUCCCAUCCAGUCGAGGGACGCACACCUCCCCCACAAGUUACUGAGACAAACUUGUAAGUUUUACUUUGUAUCUAUUUUUUAUUUGAUAGGCUUUUACAUGAGUCAAAAUAGAAGAUAACAUCAGUUGAAAUUAAGCAUUUAGCUUUGUUGUUUACAGCCCAUCCAUCCAAAACACACGGUGAUGAGUCGAGGCCAGAACUGGUGCUGAAGCUGACCCUGAGUAGCCUGGCUAUCUCAGUCCUACACAUUGACCCACUGCCACCACCAGAUGCUGCUCCUAGUCCUCUUGGCCCCAUGGCCACACACUUCUUCAGCACAGUUGGCCCAGGCCAACUCGCCCCUGCUGCUUUCCUUCAGUCCCGCACAGUGUUUAACAGGGCUUGUCCACAUGACCAUCUCAGGUUGACUUUUGUUUGUCACUUAUUCCAGUUCUGCAGUGUUGCACCUUGUUUCACAGUCAAGCAUGUUGUGAGAAAUAUUUGUUAUUACAGAGAAAUAUCUGAAGUGAGCUUUCAUAUGCAGGUUUGUGGGUCAGGACCUGAAGAUAAAUUAUGAACACUGCCAGGGAUCCAGCCUGCGCACUUUCAGCACUGACGUGUCCCUCAGCCAGAUGGAGUUUCUGGAGUGUUUGUUUCCCUCUGAGGCUGUUAUUGGUGGCUCCCAAAGAGGCAUUCAGUACACAGAGGUCAGAGUUUGGGUCUGAGCUCAGCACAUUUUUAACUGCUUUUUCAGUUGAACGCUGCAUACAUAUCCCAAAUGCCCUUAAUGCUGCAGCUGGUACAGCAUAAACGAGUUUCUCAUCAGCUUCUCUGUCACACUUCAGCUCCUGACAUUUGACACCACCGCCAGUGCUGAUGCGCCGCUUCCCACCUGCCUUCACUUGUUUUACAAACAGGCUGAGCGUAGAGGUCCUCAGGUAACAGGGUUUGUUGGUUGAAUGUGAAAGCACAGUUCUAUAUGCUUCAUUUUUGGGCUUUCACUCAGUCAGUAUUGUGGUUCUAUGUGCAGGGAGGACAGGUCCGCCUCAGCACCAUUCCCAGAAAAGCUGAGAUCCAGAUGGAGCUGGGUCCUGUACGCUCUGAGCUCGACAUCAGCAUUGUAGACCGACUGAACUCAUUACUACAACCUCAGAAGUUGGCAACCACUGAGCUGAUGGCCUCCCAUUUGUACACAUCCUAUAAUAAACAUGUCAGCUUGGUAAGGGGGUCCUGAAAUAUUUUAGAGAAGAGACCAUGAAAAGAGCAAAGCAGUUGCAUAUUUAUUGGCUUUAAAUGAGUAUUUAAAAAAUUAAUGACCUUUUUAAAUCCGUUUUACAGCAUAAGGCCUUCACAGAGGUUUUCCUAGAUGACACCCAUACUCCCACAAACUGUCACAUAUCACUGACUGUCAGUGCACCGCUGCUGGGCCUUGCCGUGCGCUUCCCCAUCCCAGACUUGCGCUCAGAUCAGGAAAGAGGACCCUGGUUUAAGAAGUCCCUACAAAAGGAAGUUCUUUACCUGGAGCUAGAGGACUUGGAGAUGAAAACAGAGUUCAUGGGAGGCAGCUCCCCAGAACAAACCAAAAUGGAGCUUACCUUCAAAGAGCUGAUUGGUAUGUUGAUAGACUUAAAAAAAAAUGAGACGCCAGUCAAUGUCAAUAAACUAAAUCUUGGUUUGUUUUAUGUGCUUUAUGUAGGGAAGUUUCAGGAGGAGCCAGAUCAGGCAGCUGCAAGGUUCCUCAGGGUGUCCCACACCAUGGAUGGAGACAUGACAACAUCUGAAAGUGUCAAAUUUGAUUGGCCGAGGUGAGUGAAACCAACCAACCUCAUACUCAUCUGUCCAUUCAGAAAAACAUCUCACUGAUAUUUAAUCGCUCUGUGCAGGGUUGUGCUGAAGAUGAACCCCACUGCAGUGCACUCAAUCCUUGAGCGAGUGACAGCUGAAGAUGAUGAGGGGGCUGAGGACCAUUCUCUGGAAGAGGAAGAGGAGGAAGGGGCUGCUCAUUCACUGAAAGAUGUGUGUGACUUUGGAAAACCGGAGCCGUCACCCUUUUCUUCAAGAAGGGUUAUGUAUGAGAAUGAAGAGGUAGGCUACAGCUUAAAAGACACACUCAACAACUGCAUUGCCUUAGAUAUACCUGUAGAACUUGUCAAUCGUUAAACUGACUCAUUUUGGACUAUGAUGACAACACUCAUCAAAAAUAAUUGCAUUCCCAUGCCUGAAAAUAUCCCCCUCAAAAUAUGCAAAAAUGAAGAGCUGGUGUUUCUCAUAAGCAGGUGGACUUAGUGCAGGUGCAGAUUUGCAUUUAGAAGCGAGGAUACUUUCUGGUUGAUGAAUUCUGAUGUGCGACAGAUGCAUCAUUAUGCAAACAGUAACACCAGCACUGCUUUGCAUCCCAGACCUGUUUACAGAGCAGCUUGUUAUGAAAGUCUGGUAUGUUUUUUUUAAAUCCCAGAUGGUUAUUCCUGGGGAUGUUGCAGAGAUGACCGAGUUUCAGGAAAAAACCAUGAACAACUCCCGCUUUAUCCUUGAGCUGUGUUUCCCCAACGUGCAAUUAUUGCUUCCCAACAAAGCAUUUUAUGAAAAACUUCACAACAGGUAUGGAAUUUGUAAAAUGAAAUUUGUAAUAAAAACUUUUUUUUUUUUAUAAACACUUAAGGCUAUAGAAUAGUUCCCUCCUGAAAAUAUCUUUUAAGAUACCCUUUUCCUCAUCUUAAUUGUAUGGUCUCCACAUUUAAGGAUAAACAAUGACCUGCUGCUUUGGGAGCCCACUGCUCCAUCUCCUGUGGAAACAGUGGAAAGCAUGCCGUAUGGAGUCGGACUCUCUGUCGCCAGUCAGCUGAUCAAUACUUACUCCAAAGAUAGCUUCAGCCAGUUCCGCUCUACAGGUCCAGAGGGUGAGACAACAAAACUAAGCUCAGUACAACUGUGUUAAUUCAAGUCAUGUAUAAGACUAAAAUAUGCUUUAUAUUGUGCUUUCAGAUGAGACAAGCGGCUCAGAGGAGGAGACUAUGCACUAUUACUCUCCUGCGUCUGAUCUGGGCCUCAGAUCACGCAAGAAGAAAAAACCCAAAGCCCAGUGCAAGACGUCCCAGAGCUUGUUCUCUGUCAUCCUCAGUGUCAAUCAUGGCCUUGUGGCUCUACAGACGAAUGCAAAAGUAGGCUCACAGUCUUUUCUAUGCCACUCAAUAUCACACUUACAAAUUGGAACAUGAUCUGUAUAGAAUUUAUUUAUUCUUUUUUUUUUUCCAGAAGGAGGAUAAAACCAUCCUGAAAAACAAACAUGGCGAGUUCUGGCUGGAGGUGAAAAAUGCCGUGCUCUUCAGUGUGACACAGUACGAAGGCUAUAAAGACCAGCACUAUGUCUGCUUCCACACCAGCAAUGUUUGCAUGUAUCAUCAAGGUAAACCAGCUGUACACUUUCAGUCUGCCUUUACACUUGUAUUUACGUGAAGAUAUUAGUGAUAUUAUGACUGUGACAUUUAUCCCCUGUCAAACUACACUUUGUCUGCAUCCCUGCUCCAAGGGCCUUUGUGCACCUGUACCUCUUCGACUAAUGUGUCACUCUGUUCAUCCUUGAAGGGCUUUUGGAUGGGGGCACCUCUGUUGUAGAAAUCAAGUUGCCAUGCAGGACACAUCCACACUGGUUAGAGCCGACUAUCUACCAAUCUGAGUCGUCACCUGAAAGAUCCUCAACACCCUCAGAGGGUAUUGGUCUGGAGGCCCGCAGCAUGGUGUCUGUUGCUGUCAAAAUCUCAUCCCAGAAUGCAGAGCGCAAUGUCAAGGUAGAGUGCUGAAAUCACCACAGCGCUGUUACCAAACUUUUGAUUUGAGGAGGCUCGCACCGCCCCCCUUACUAAUCAUAAUCAGACUUUUAUCAGAUGUUCAUCAGCCUGACUUGUGUUUUCAUGCAGGAGUUUCUGGUUGCCGUUGGAGUGAGAGGAGCCACACUCCAGCACAGAGUGGUCCCUCCCAGCCUUGGCUGGUAUGACCAGGUAGGAGCAUCCAUCAUAUCUCCUUACUGAAUUUUCCUUUGCAUCAGUUCUCACAGAGCAUGUAAAGGUUGUGUUAUGCAAUUUAAUCCCAUAUUUGUGUUUUUUUGUGCACCAGAUUGUUGACUUUCUGAAUGUUUCUGAUGAGCCUGUGCUGGGUUACGCCCCACCAACGUCUGUCACCACUCUGCAUUUGCACCUAUGGAGCUGCUCUUUGGACUACAGGUAGAGGAUACUUCAUACCGCCCCUACAUAUCGAUUUUUUUUUUAAAAUCUAUGAGUGUAUUCUGAUUUGGCUUUUCUCUUCCACUUGAUUAGACCUCUUUACCUGCCACUGAGAUCAUUGCUGGUUGUGGAGACUUUCAGCAUCUCCAGCAGUGUUUCAUUGGACCACUCAUCUUCAACCCUCAGGUAUGAAAGGGCUUUUUGUGUCUUCAUAGUAAGAGAUGUUAUUGCAACUGAAAUCCAGAAAAAGUCAGAGUGAGUGUGAUAUUUUGUCUGCAGAAUAAUUCUGGAUGAAGCGGCUCUGUUCCUCUCAGACAAGAGUAAUGCAGUCUCUGUCAAUCUAGCCCGUGGUAAGUUCACGUUAGCAAUCGCCACAAACAACACUGCUGAAAAUGUUUCUGUGCAGCUGUCAGCAGUGUUACUUUUUCUUACAGACUACGUCCAAGUAGUUGACAUGGGAACACUGGAGUUAAGGAUUACAGCAGUCAAACCAGGAGUGGAUGGAAAAUUGGUGCGAUAUCUGCUGCUAUAAAUGAGAUAAAUGUUUUAAACCCGUGUUGUAACUAAUUUUGUAACUAUCUCUUGGUUUGCAGUCAGAGCCCAGAUUUGAGCUGCGCUGUUCUAGUGACGUUAUUCACAUCAGAACAUGCUCAGACUCCUGCGCCGCCCUCAUGAAUCUUAUCCAGUAUGUGGCCAGCUAUGGGGACUUAAUGCCGCCUACAGAACCAGAGACCAAACACAGCAGUGCUACGCAGAGAAGCAAGGUCAGCCGUGACCAAAACAUGAGCCUCAUGUCAAAAAAGACUAAAGAAUUUAAAACCCCACUGUUUGUACAUACUCAAAUUGAGUUUGUGUCUGAACAGGUUGAGUCUUCUAGCAGGCCCACAUCCCAGACCCCACUUCUUGCGGAGACAGAGCAGCAGAUGUUGCAGGAUUUGAUGAGUGAAGCGAUGGAGGAGACUGAUGGACAGCAUGCACCAGGGCUGCAGCAGAAUGGUGAAGACUUCAAAUAGCUAAGAUCAAACAUUUUUCACUCAAUGUUGAAUAAAACCUGACUAGAUCUGGUACUGUUUCACACAUCUCUGCAGGUGCACAUGUGGAGCAGAAUCCAGACCAUGACCCGCCUUGUUCUGACCUGUUCUUGUUCCCUGAUGAAAGUGGGAAUGCAACCCAAGACUCAAGCCCCACCUACCCCAUGCUUCACUCUCCCCUCAUCACUCCUGCUCCUACGCUAGCUCAAGAGACAGAUGACUUUUGCAUCCUGGAGACACCAGGCUCAAGGGGAGAGGUAACGGAGUGUUUAUUCAUAGAGUUAUAAGUACUGUACAUGUUAAAGAAACUAAAGGUCUGCUUUUGCUUACGAUAAAUGAAAUGUGUUUCAGGAUCUUGAUCAAGAGCCAGUGGUUAAACAGCUUACCUCAGACACUGUUGAAAUCAAAGAUGACCACUUCAGCCAGCCUCUUUAUGGUAGUGACUCCAGCCGUGGAGCCAUGAACUUCCCCAUCCCAGAGGUGCGAUACCUCAUCAAGGAGAUCUCUGUCAUCUGGCACCUCUACGGAGGGAAAGACUUUGGUAGCGCAGUUUUCACAGCAUCACCUGCUAGAAGCCGGGGGUGAGCCUCUUAACUGUGUAACUUUAAAAAUACUUGAUUUAUGCAUAAGUAGAGAAAAAGCUUAUAAAAUGUUUUUUUUUUUUUUUUUUGCAGGUGUACACCCCACAGCUCACCCUCUCAAACUCCAGUGAGACAGGCCAAAGCCUCAGGACGCACAGGUGGAGGAAAAGGGAGGAACCCUGACGUCCUGAUGGAGAUACAACUCAGCAAAGUAUGCUGUUUACACUGACAUGUUCAUAAGGAUGACACAAAUACUUUAUUUGAGUUAUUUUCUCACGAUACACCUGCUUUUCUUCAGCUGAGAUUUCAGCAUGAGGUGUACCCGCAGACCCAGGUGGCCUCUGGGUCAGCCAUGGAUCAACCCGUGUCACGGCAGGUGUUUGUUGUGCAGGACUUGGAGAUCCGGGACAGACUGGCUACCUCACAGAUGAACAAAUUCCUCUACUUGUAUUCAAGCAAGGAAAUGCCUCGGAAAGCUCAUUCCAACAUGGUGAGGACACAAAUUCACACACACGUUUACUGAGUCAGAUCUUGGCUUGGUGUAACAUCGUUUGUACUUCUGGUUUUAGUUGACAGUCAAAGCGCUGCACAUGUGUCCUGAGUCAGGCCAGGCUCCACAAGAGUGCUGUCUGCGUGUUUCCCUAAUGCCUCUACGCCUCAAUAUUGAUCAAGUAAGCAAAUCUGAAACCCUUUCCAGCACUUGAAUCAAAUAAACAGUAACUGACAGUGUUGUUUUUUAUUGGUUUGCAGGAUGCCCUCUUCUUUCUGAAGGACUUCUUUACUAGUCUUUCGACUGAAGUCGAGUUUUUUUCUCCUCCUGCUCAAGAAGGUAACACUCAGUAUUUAUUCAGCACUCAAGAUUAUUCCUCACUUUCAUCUACCAGAGCCUGAUAAUGUUUUUCUUCGUAGUUGUCUGUGUUUCAACGAAAAAAGUGUCCGCCCCAGAGAUCUCCUGCAGCUUCACAAAGCACGCCAGUGGCAGUCAGGACCCGGCCCCAAUCAUUUCAGUGCCAGCCCAGAGACGUCUGAGUCACAAUGGAUUCUACACAUCAGGCAGGGAAGACGUGAACGAUGACGCCUCUGCUGCUCCCUUCACAGACCAGCCAAUCUUCUUUAGGUCAGUGUGGCUUCGCUCAAAUAUUCAACUAAUUUUAAAGAAGGUAUUAAACUGGUAGUCUGCAUGUAACAUGAUUUUCCAACAGGGAAUUUCGAUUUACCUCUGAGGUCCCCAUUCGCCUGGAUUACCAUGGGAAACAUGUUUCGAUGGAGCAGGUACAUGCCAGGAAGAGCCAUUCACUAAUACCGUAUUACUUUAUGGUUUCAUUAACGAUUUGUUUUCUGUUAUGUUUCAGGGAACAUUUGCAGGGAUCAUAAUCGGGUUGACACAGCUGAAUUGUUCAGAACUUAAACUGAGGCGCUUAUGUUAUCGACAAGGGUAUGCAAAUCUCAGUAAUUCAUAAAACAGUAUUGCUUUUUUAUUUAAUGUCUUUAGUAAUGCAGUAAUAAUUAUAAAGAACAUUUCUUAAAUACACGAGAUACCCCAUCACUGAUGUUGAUAGGGUUAAGGUAUGUCACAGAAAAGUGAUCAUCGUUACUAUGAUACUAACAUGUUUUGUAUUUUAGAUUAUUAGGUGUGGAUAAGCUGUUUUCCUAUGCAAUAAAUGAGUGGCUUAACGACAUUAAGAAGAACCAGCUCCCAGGGUUAUUGGGUGGAGUGGGACCAAUCCACUCUCUGGUGCAGCUAGGUGAGUCCACACAUGCCUUGAACUCAGUCCCAGUUUUUGCAGUGCUGUUAGAUAUCUUCACAUCAUGGUAUCAAAUUAAGUAGUGUGUGAUUUAUGAUUUUAUUCUUAAGAUGAAUUUCCUCUUCAGUUCAGGGAUUCAGGGACUUGGUCUGGCUGCCAAUUGAACAGUACAGGAAGGACGGUCGAAUAGUUCGAGGAUUUCAGCGUGGCACUGCCUCCUUUGGGACUUCCACUGCCAUGGCUGCUCUGGAGCUCACCAACAGGAUGGUGAGGACCAUCCAGGUAAACUUGACGUUCCAAUGUUGUAAAAAUAUCUUUAAAUCUGGACAAAGCCCUCCCAAGGCAUCCAACAAAUCCAAUUUAUUUUACGUUUGUCUUUUUCAGGCAGCAGCUGAAACGGCGUACGACAUGGUGUCUCCUGUGCCUGAUGAGAGAGACAUGAAGAGGAUAAAACGGUUCUCCCAUUAUGGGCUGGCUCAUCAGCCCGUGGAUCUGAGGGAAGGGGUAGCCAAGGCCUAUACUGUGGUAAAAGAGGUAGGCAACCAAACAACCAAAUAGAUUUGUAAAGUUAUGUUUAGAUCAGUAGUGUGUAGACAGGAACUUGUCCUAAAAAGACCUCUGUUGGAAGGGUUGAGCAUGGGAGGGUUUCAUGAUUAUAUUAAAUAAGGUUUCAUCUACAGGGGAUCACAGACACGGCUCUGACCAUCUAUGACACUGCCACCCGGGAGCAUGAGCAGCGGGGGAUGACAGGCGCAGUGGGUGGAGUUCUCCGCCAGCUGCCACCAGCAGUAGUCAAACCCCUUAUUAUGGCCACUGAAGCCACCUCUAACGUCCUGGGUGGGAUGAGGAACCAGAUUCAUCCUGAUGCACGUCAGGAGGAGUCUCAGAAAUGGAGGCAGGGCGAGGAGUGAUUUUUGAUGCCAUUUGGUACCGGGAACCAAGACUGUGCAGAUGUGCUGAAAACAAUGGAAACCUUCCACAGAACAUUAAUGAAGACAUCUCGGAGGUCUCAUUUGAGCCCUGAUGUAAAUAAACCACAGUUCAUCUCGUGACAAUUUGAACUAUUGUGAUUCUGCUUGUGUCAGUUCCCUCACAGUGCCUUCAUGGUUAUCAGCAACCACCCACAGUAGGUUCAGUCAAAGGAUGUGUGGAGAGAGAUGAACUGUUAAGGCCACCUUCCUUCUGAAUGUGGCUCAUGUUAUAGUGAGGCUAGGCAAUGGCAUUACAAAUGUAAAAUCUUAGCAAUGAAGAAAUAGGCUGCUGUCUCAUGAAGCGCAAACAUUAGCUUCAUCCUCAAACAGCUCUGUUUACAAGUUGUCUGUUGUUGCGUUAUAACCUAUUUGGUGUCAACAAACGCUAAUAUUCUAGUUGUAAUAAUGACCCAUAAUUUAUAUAAACUGCACUGUACGUGGGCCUUCGUAUUGACUGUAAAUACUCUUUAAGUGUAACAUUUCAUGCAAACAUUGAGAACAAGUGUAGAAACUGAAUGUGAUUCAAAUGUGUAAAGUCAAGCACUUUUAAAUAACUGGAGGGUUACUUCCUCAGAUGAAUGGCCGAUGGGAAAAUCCCCCACAUUUUAGUUUAAGGUUUUGCCAUUCUUAUUUUGAGCCGUGAUCAACGUUGUGUACACUUGUAAGAAGCUGCUGUUGUUGUUGUAAAGAACAGCUUGUCAAACCUUUCAAAUGUUUUAUUUUGCCAGUCUGCUGCUCACAUUUUCACACUGUUGGUUCAGUUCAUGAGAGUGUCGACUUAGAACCUUGAAGAUAAGUCUUAAAAUCCAGCAUAAUUGUUUUUUUGUAAAUGUAUGUUGAUAUAUUAUUAAUGCUAAGCUUGAAGUUGUGUUUCAGAUGUCUGAUUUGCCCAUUUUGUUGUUUAUGUGGCCAGGAUAAAAUUUCUUGUACAUAAGUGUACAGUGAAAUUGACAAAUUUGUAUUGAAAGCAUGAAAGGGAAAUAAAAGAGGUGAAACCCACCUUAUUAGAGUGCAGCUUUGAGAGAUCACUUUUGAAAUUCAGUGUUCAAGGGAAACAAAUGAAAGAAAACUAUGAAAGUAAAUCUGUGCCAUCUGAUCUGAAUUUGAAUUUCUAAAGCUGAAUUUUUUUGCAUCAUAAUCAGACUUUGAAUUUCAAAACCAUUGAAUUUCUAGCACGCAUUUUUAUUUCUGACACAAUUUUUUUUUCACAACGAUGGAACAAAUUUGGUGUAAAAAAAAUUAAUCGAUUGGAUUCAAUCUUCCACUGGGGUCUGUGCCAUAUGACCAAUCUAGCAUUAAUUAAUUGGCUGGAUGAUGGAUGAUUGAGCCAGGAAUCGAUUGCUUCUCCCUGGUUACCCGGAUGUUGAGUCUGUCUCUUUUACACUGAAUUAUUUUACACUGAGUUAUUUGACACAGAAUUUUUUUUAUGCUAAUUUUUUACACAUUUUUUAAGUCAAUUUUUACCAAAUGAAUAUUUUUGAGACCUUUUUUUUUUUUUACACUUUUAUUUCAUUAUUGUAACAAAAAAUUAGUGUCACAAAUAAAAAUACAUGCUUGAAAUUCGAUGGGUUUGAAUUCAAAGUCUGAUUUUGAUGCAAAAAAACAAGUCCGCUUUAGAAAUUCAAAUUCAAAAUCAGAUGGCACAUACUGUAUUUACUUCCAUAGAAAACCAAGUGUAUGCACUGAAAAAAAACUGUGUCAUAAUGCUUUCUCUUGGCCUACAAACCUGUUAUGAUUGUUUAAAUUGAUCCCUCAAAAUAACUUGUAUGAAUUUUCUUUACCCAGCUGAUGAGUUGAUACAAAUCAUACCAGCAGUUUGCCUCUCACAGCAUGAGAAGCCACUAGUGCUCCUGUAUUCUAUCACUUGGCUUUAAAUACUCAUACAUUAAAUUCUAUAUCUUAAGAUUUAAAAA